GCGCGGUUUAUUUUGUAGUUGGAUAGGUGUUUAAUAUCAGAUCUGUGUCUUUGGCUGGUGACUGGCCUAUUAAUUGAACUUUUAUUAUAUAUUUCAGUAGGGCACAAUGUCUGCGGAACCUACCCUGUCGGAAGAUAUUCAGGGAGAUUCCAGAUGGAUGAGUAUGCACCGUCGGUUUGUCAGCGAGGCCAAGGAGCGGGAGCCGGACGUGGUGUUUAUUGGCGACUCGCUCAUCUACCACCUGCAGCACUCUGAGACGUGGAGACGCUGCUUCGCGCCGCUGCACGCGCUCAACUUCGGUAUCGGCGGUGACCAGACGCAGCACGUGCUGUGGCGCAUCACUAACGGCGAGAUGGACAGCUUCUGCCCAAAGGUGGUUGUACUCCUGGUGGGCACCAACAACUUCGGCUACCCGCCGGAGCAGAUCGCGGACGGCAUCAUGGCCAACGUGUCCGCCAUCCGGAGGCUGCAGCCGCAGGCCUUCAUCAUUGUCAUGGGUCUUCUGCCGCGCGGUGAGAAGCCGAACGCGCUGCGGGAGCGUAACGCGGCCACCAACCGGCUGCUGUCUGAGCGUCUGUCGGGCCUGGCGCGGACGCAGCUGCUGGCUGACUACUCGGAGCUGGUUAGCGCCGACGGUACCCUCAGCCACCAGGAUAUGACCGACUACCUCCACCUCUCGCCGCAGGGGUACAAGAAGGUAUUUGAGCCCGUGUACGACCUGAUACUGGAUCUCCUGAACGAGAAAGAGUGUCUAGACGGCGCCGCCGCCGAGUAGCCCCUCCUGCUCUACCCGUGUACCGAGGUGUCGCGACUGCGUGGCGGAGGACGGCCGCCGAAUCUCACGGCGCGCGCGCGGCGCCCGCCCGGGGCCGGACGUUUGGUUUGCUUGCCAGCAUCGUGCGGUUGUUUUGUUUCCCUGCGUUGGUGGUGCGCCCAGCGCGGGCCGUGAUGGUGGACUCCCGGUCAGGCUGGAAGGGGUGAUGAGGGGGGGGGGCGUGCUCUCGGUAGUGAGCGUUGUAAUGGGCAGGGAGUGAGGCCGGUCGGUGUAUGGCGCGGUACGGAACUGGCGGCGGUAUUCCUAGGUGUUUUCUAUGGUCUCGUUUUGUAAGGGCGUCGUGCUGUAGGUAGGCCCAUCGUCAGUCGGAGGUUUUAUUUUGUUCUGUGUAUGGGAUGUUUUGGCUUCUGGAAGGCACUCGGCAGGGUUAUGGCUAGUUUUAAUUCCGUUUGCUACGUCAUACGACCGAGGCGCCGGAACAAAAUCUAACUGAGGACUGUCGGGCUCAAAACAAACGAUAUUAAAGUAUUGUGUACAAGUUCAAAGGGACAUUCGUUUUCUCAGCGUUGCUUUGUUUUCUAACGUGUCUGCGUGCGGGCCGUGGGCUGCGCUGUCUCAUUCAGUGAAACGAUCCAUGACUGGGCGGGUCUCGGAGCGGGGGUACCGCUGAGACCAGGGGCGCACCGUGCUGCGGCCCUCCUGUGAUUUCCUGCAUGCGCGCGGUGUCGGUGUCGGCUGGGCCGGUUGGUCGCCUUCUGGGGCUGUGUCUGCGAGUGUCCGCUGUAUGUCUGUCUCUGUUUGCGCCCGGUCCAGGCCGGGUUUUUGGUCCACCGCCGUCACCUAAGGCACUUAGCUCACAGGCCAAGUGGUCUGUAGAGGAUAACAGGAUGCAGAAACAGUCUGUAUUGAUUCGGUCACAGUGCACCAGUCAUGAGUCUGUAUUGGUUUGGUCACAGUGCACCAGGACAGUCAGUAUUGGUUCGGUCACUGCUUCAGGACUGUUGGUUCGGCCACAGUGCACCAGGACAGUCAGUAUUGGUUCGGUCACAGUGCACCAGUCAGGACAGCCGGCGCGGUUGCGACGUGCUUUUGUUGCUGUAACUUGCGUUUGCUGUUUAUGUGACUAGAUAUGCCCAGAAUAUAGCACAUGUUGCUUGCCUUGCAA